AAUAAUUUGUAUAGGUUGUUUCACGUUGAUUACAUAACAAUCAAUCUCUGCUAUUCCACUACUAAAUAAUUUGGAGAUAUGUGAUUUUGAAAAGUAAUUAGGGUGAAUUUCUUUAUAACCAUGUAAAUAUAGUUCACUUACUUACACACGUUACCCAUCGUGAAGGAGCAUAGGCUGAUGACCAAAAAUCUGUUCUGGACACUUCUUCUCAGUUAUUCCCAAGUGCUAUUCAUUUUUUGAUGUCUGCUUCCAAUCGUCGAUUCAAUCUGGUCUUUAGCCCUCCACUUUUCCGUUUCCCUUCAGGAUUCCAAAUUAGUGCUUGCUUCGUGAUGCAGUUUGGUGAAGGAGCAUAGGCUGCCCGCCAGCAUUCUCCAUCCAACACUGUCCUGAACAAUCCUUUCCAUUUAUUCUCAAGUUUUAUUAAUUCUUAUGAUAUUUAUUUCCAAUUUCUGAUUCAAUCUGUUGUUAACUCUUUCAUUUUUCUUUUACCGUGUGUUUUCCAAAUAAGGGCUUGCUUUGUAAUAAAGUUUGAUGAUUUCGGAAAUGUAUCCUAUCCACUUUCAGCGUCUUUCCCUAAUUUCCUCUUCAGAUGGAACCUAGUUUGUUAUCUCCCACAGUAGGCAUUUGUUAAUGGUAUCCAACUAACGGUGAUUAAGUAUCUCGCAUAAACAACUGCUUAUAAAUACUUGUACAUUUUUGAUGAUGGUUGUAAUAGUUGUCUAAGUUUCAGCUCCGUACAGUGAAACUGUCUUGAUGUUCAUACUGAAGAUUCUCCCUCUAAUAUCUGUGUAAUAAUUUUGUAUUAAAGACCAAAACUAUUUAUAUAAAUUAUUCUCUUGUGUUUUGGUUUUCUUCUAUUAUACUUUACGUUUUCACAGACAUUUCGAGUUACAAAAUGGUAUGAAAGUAAUGAUUAUUUCUACUUGCAAUGAUAUUGAUGAUAAUCACUUUAUAUCAGAUACUUUGUCAGCUGCAGCACUCUGCAUCAAUGUUGGUUCAUUUUCCGAUCCACAUGAAGCUCAAGGUCUUUCUCAUCUGUUAGAACAUAUGUUAUUUCAUGGUGAUAUAAUUAAUCAUGAAAUGAGAACAUUUCAUAAUUAUUUACAAGAAUAUAAUGGUUAUUGGGAUUCUAAAACAUCAAAUGAACAUACAUUAUUCUAUUUUAGUAUAACAGAAAAAUAUUUCAAUGAAGCAUUACAUUUAUUUGCUUUACAUUUUAUUAAUCCUACAUUAAAAUUAGAUGGAAUGAGAAAAUCAAUUGAGAAAAUUGAUAUGGAAUUUCAAAAAGUGAAAACAAGAGAUUAUGCAAAACUACGUGGAUUCAUCUCAAGUUUAGCUGUCAAAGGAUCUCCAUAUCGAUUAUUUAGUCGAGGAAAUAAACAGUCAUUGAUUACUGAGCCAGAGAAGAAUAAUAUCGAUGUAUACGGCUUAUUAAAAAAACAUUGGACCACAUUGUAUUCAGCACAUAGAAUGACGUUGGUUGUGCAAUCGAAAGAUUCUUUGAACAAAAUGGAGAGAAUUGUUCGAGAGAACUUUUCAAAUAUACCUGCAAAUCGAUCAGUGAAAAUAGAUUUGACAAGAUAUAGAAACAGUUUUGAUUCACCAGAAUUCUUAAAAUUAUACCAUGUUGAUAGUACUCGAAAUAAGGAACAAUUACGUAUGGUUUGGGCUGUACCAAGUGUUUGUACAUUGUAUGAAUCAAAUCCAGUUGCUGUGCUUGCAUAUUUUCUAAGUGAUAAACAUCCAUAUGGUCUUGAAAAUUACCUUAAAAAUAAUCAUUUAGCUACAGAAGUAAAAUGUGAAUUUUCUGCAAUGUCCGAUUUUGAUAAUUCAACAAUUUGUGCUUUAAUUACCAUUUGUAUUGAUUUAAAUGGAACACGUCCUGAUCUAUUCAAAAUUACAAAAAUUGUUUAUGAAUAUUUACGAUUUUUAUCGAAUAAAGCAAAUGAUGCAUGUAUAAAUAAAAACUCUGAAGAAUACAUUCAUAAUACUACUACUACUAAUAAUAGUAGUAGUAAUAAUACUGCUAAUAUUAAAUCAACAUUUGAUUCAUGUGUAAGAGAUUUUCAAUUAACUCAAAAAGAAACAUUUCAAUGUCGUACAAUAUUUGGACCACAAGAAACUGUUAUAUGGAUUGCUACAAUGUUACACCAUACAUUACCACAAGAUGUACAUUCAGCAUAUUUAAUUAUAAAAACACUUGAUAUUCAGGUGUAUUCAGAACUAUUGGAUACUUUAUCAAAACAACAAGCUUGUUUAAUUCACAGUUUCAAGUUAAAUCCUACGAUACAUAGAAAUAUUCAUGUUGAGAAAUGGUACAAUUUACAAUAUACACAAGAAGAAGUGUCCACUAAACAAAUAGGCUGUUUGAAUAAUCUACAUGGAACAAUUCCAUUCUCACUUCCAUUAAAAGUUAAUGGAAAUGUGCAUGAAUACUUGACUUUAUCAUCAGAAAAUGAUAUACAAACACCUAUCAAUCUAACGACAGAAUUUAAAGGAACUGUCUUUGAAGAUUAUGGAUCCCUAUGGUACCAACAGCUGAAUAAUCAACUUAAAAAUGAAGCUUACAUUUAUGUGCAAAUUUCAACGGGAAUGGAACUCAACUACCCUUUAAAAGCAUGUUUAUCUCGCUUAUUACAGUUAAGCAUCAAACUUCGAUCCUCCAAUUGUAAAUUAUUAACAAUGGAAUCUAGAAUGAAAAGUUCAGUGAAUACAAAUGUAAAUGGACCGGAAUUUAUUAUUAAAGGACCAUCUGAAAAAAUUUCGAAUUACUAUAAAGAAUUUUUAAAGAGUGUAAUUGAUGAUAUAACUAAAGAACAUUUUAUACAAUGUAAAACAUUAUUAAUUGAAGAAUUAAAUAAUCAAUUAUCUGAUCCAAAUUUAGUUGCUAAUAAUAUAAAUUCAUGUUUAUGGUAUCCAAAUGAAUAUAUUGCCAGUAGUUUAUUAAAUUCAUUAGAAUACAUUACAAUAGCUGACUUAAUGGCAUUUCAAACUAAAUAUUUUUAUCAAAUGGAAAUUAUCAUGUAUAUUGUUGGUGAUGUAACAUGUAAUCUGGCAAAGGAUUUAUUUACCUACACAAUAGGAUUUUUCAAGUGUCAUCCAAAACCUAAAGAGAUUCAACACAUUGAGUAUAUAUCAAUUCAACCAGGCAUUUAUUAUCAUUCUGUACCGAAUAUAUCAAAUAAUGAAAAGUUUCAUCAACUUAUUCAAUUUGACCGAAUUGAAAACGCUUCAUCAGUAGAUGAAUUUUAUUGUCAAAUAAUAACGGAAUUACUGAAAUCACAUGCAAAGCAAUACUUUCAACAUUAUGAAUCAGUGAAUGGUUCAAUUUCAUUAGAUUUCUAUAAAUUUGCAUUGAAUUCAUCUAAUUUAACAGUUGGAACACGUUUAUCUCUUAAUAGUCAAUUAAAUAAACAUGAUGGAGAUUAUCUUAUAAAUUGUAUUCAAGUAUUUUGGAAUGAAAUUGCACCACGUGUUAUUGCUUGUGUUGAUAAUAAUAAUCUUGAACAAAUUUGCAAUACAAUCAUAUCAAGUGAAUUAAUCAAAAAUAAUAAUCUCGAAUUAAUAUCUCAAUUUUACUGGGAUAAAAUUAAAACAAACUUGUUAGAUGGAGGAAUCAGUAGAAAGAAUAUGUUAAAAAGAGAAAUGAACCGAGAGAAAUUACUAGAAUAUUUCCAUAAAACCUAUUUAAAUCCUAUGAAGAAAACUACCAUAUUUAUUGACUUUAGGAAUAUAGAAUCUAAUGAAUUCAUUAAAUCAUUGAAUAUUACUAAAAUAAACGGAACAAAUUUUAAUCCCAACUUAAAUUCUUAUUUAAAAGAUGAAGAUCUUAUGAAUACAUCUUAUGAAUUUUCUAGACAAACAUCAAAUGAUUUAAGAACAAUACAAAGGAUUAAAACAAUAAAACAUAUUGAAUCAUUCCGAACGGAGUUUAAUCAUUAG